GAGGCCAAAUCCAAUUGGUGGAAUUUGAGCUAAAUAAAGCCGCCUGGUAGAGAACACCGAAUUAAUAUAUAUGUUAUAGGAAUUGCCCAAAUGCUAGCAUAACUUUCGUGGUAGUUAUUCUCAAGACGCCCCAUUCAACCUACGAGCAAAAUGUUCGCCUCCUUCUUUCUAGUUCUAUUACCACUCACAGCGGUACAGGCUGCGCUCAAAUACAAAGGCGUGGAUUGGUCAUCCGUUAUAGUCGAGGAAAAGGCCGGGAUAUCUUACACUACUAUAAGCGGAACCACCGAACCCCUUGAGAAGAUAUUGGUGGAAAGUGGCGUCAAUACUGUCAGACAAAGAGUCUGGGUCAACCCUCAAGAUGGGAACUACAACUUAGACUACAAUUUGAAGCUAGCUCAACGAGCAAAGGCGGCCGGAUUAAGCGUCUAUGUAGACUUCCAUUUCAGCGAUACAUGGGCGGAUCCGAGUCAUCAAGCCAUUCCUUCUGGUUGGCCGACCGGUAUCGAUGACCUCGCUUGGGAACUUUACAACUAUACAAUGGACGCAUCAAACAAGUUCGCUGAAGCGGGUAUCUCACCUACAAUUAUCUCAAUUGGUAAUGAGAUCAGGUCGGGACUCCUGUUUCCAACGGGCUCGACUAGCAAUUUCAACAAUGUCGCCAGACUUCUACAUUCGGCCUCCGCCGGUAUCAAAGACAGCUCUCUGUCUCCCCAACCCAAGAUCAUGAUUCACCUAGAUAAUGGGUGGGAUUGGAGUACCCAGAACAAUUGGUAUACUUCAGUUUUGAAGCCCGGUACCCUAACCACGUCGGACUUCGAUAUGAUGGGUGUCUCAUAUUAUCCGUUUUAUAACUCAGGCGCAACACUUGCUAAUCUCAAAACGAGUCUUACCAACAUGGCAAACACUUGGGGCAAAGAGAUUGUUGUGGCCGAGAUUAACUGGCCCACUCAAUGCUCUCAUCCAGCUUACUCAUUUCCAAGUGACGUGAAGAAUAUCCCCUUCUCCGCGGAAGGUCAGACUACCUUUAUGCAGGAGACAGCUGAGAUAUUGGCUGGUGUAAAGAACGGGAAUGGCAUAUUCUAUUGGGAACCUGCUUGGGUGGAUAACCAAGGACUCGGGUCAUCGUGCGAGUCUAAUACAAUGUUUUCUUGGCCCGGAAAAGCAUUAUCCAGCCUAGCAGUCUUCAAGGCAAUCUAGCAAACACGGCUUAUCCUAUUAACAAGAUUGUAGAUAGGAGAGAUUAGCAAUCCCCAAAAAGCAGUUUCUUUCUUAACUGUCAAAGAACGGAAACAGUUGAUGUUCUCACCAGACUGCCACCGUUAUUGUUCUCGAUCCGCCUUGCGCUUUAUCCUAUUUUUAGUUCUUUACGAGAUAGCUAGGGGC